AAAAGUGCAUAAAAUUAUAGAAAUGGCAAACGCCGAGAUUGAAGAAGUGUUUCACAGACUUAAGAAAGAAGAUGUCGGACAUCUUAACACAUUUUAUGCAACAUCCAAAGUGACAUUAGCAGCGGAGGCUUUUAAAGCCAAAUCCGUUACAAUAUUGUCGCCAAAAUCAAACAAAGUGAGGCCAGAAACCGCUGAUAGUUUGUGUAAAAUAUUGAACGAAUUCAAAACAUCGGAUGAACCUAAAGAUCUUUGGGCGAAAAAUGUUUCACCUAAAACGAAGCCGAAAUCUGAUUCCGAGAAUCGUAAGACUUACACUUCUACGUAUAGAGAGUCAUUUGUUGUGAAGAAAGGGGACAAUAUUGUUACUAAUAAGGUGCUCGUGUUCGAAAAAGAAUUAAAGGCGCCGAAAGUGAAACUGAGUGCCAAUGUGAGGGGAUCGCCGAAAUUACUAGUGUCAAAUGUUGAUAGUCACAGUGAGUUUAAGUUGAGGGUCCCCCCGAGUUACGCUGGCAGCAAGAAUUUUAUGCCCACCGGUGAACAAGUCUACUGGCUCGGUGAAACCAGACCGUCCUCGUUCGGUCCGGCGACGUACCAAGACUUCAAAGACAUCAGGUCGCGGUGCCUCUCAGACGGGAGGCUGUUUGAAGACCCUGAGUUCCCGGCGAUCGACCGCAGCUUGUACUAUAAGGAGCCGUUGGACAGACCUUUGACAUGGCUGAGGCCUGGGGAAAUAUGCGAAGACCCGCAACUUUUCGUCGAGGGCUACAGUCGCUUCGACGUGCAACAAGGCGAGUUGGGCGACUGUUGGUUGUUGGCCGCUGUGGCGAAUCUUACAUUGCACAGAAAAUUGUUCUUCCAAGUGGUACCGGACGAUCAGAGCUUCGAAGAAGAUUACGCCGGCGUCUUCCAUUUCCGGUUCUGGCAGUACGGCCGCUGGGUAGACGUGGUGAUUGAUGACCGUUUACCCACAUACAGAGGAAAGUUGGUGUUCUUGCAUUCGUCUGAACGGAACGAGUUCUGGAGCGCCUUGUUGGAGAAAGCUUAUGCCAAACUACACGGUUCAUACGAAGCUCUGAAAGGCGGGUCAACAUGCGAAGCUAUGGAGGAUUUCACUGGCGGCGUGACAGAAAUGUAUGACAUGACAGAAUUACCCCCCAACUUCUAUACUAUACUGUUGAAGGCGUACGAGAGGAACUCGCUUAUGGGAUGUAGUAUUGAGCCCGAUCCUCACAUAACGGAAGCGGAAACGCCCGCCGGCCUGAUCCGUGGUCACGCGUACUCCGUGACCCGGGUCAAAUACGUGGACAUCGAGACUCCGGGCCGGGCGGGGAAAAUACCGCUUUUACGAUUACGUAACCCGUGGGGGAACGAGGCAGAGUGGAACGGACCUUGGAGCGAUAAAUCGCCGGAAUGGCGUUUCAUUCCCGAGUCUGAGAAAGAGGAGCUGGGUUUGACGUUUGACGAUGACGGUGAAUUUUGGAUGUCUUUUAAGGAUUUUGUACAACAUUUCUCAAGAGUGGAGAUUUGCAAUUUGAACCCGGACUCCCUCGACCCCGAGGAGUGCCCGGAGGGGUGCACCAAGAAAUGGGAGAUGUCAGUGUUCGAAGGAGAAUGGGUCAGAGGUGUAACGGCCGGUGGUUGUAGGAACUAUCUGGACAGUUUCUGGCGGAACCCGCAAUACAACGUGACAUUGAAAGACGUAGACGAAGGAGAUGACGAGAACAAGUGUACCAUAAUCGUGGCUCUCAUGCAAAAGAACCGCCGUUCUCAGAGGCACCAGGGCUUAGAAUGUCUUACCAUUGGCUUCGCCAUAUACCGUCUGCCUGACUAUGGUCACGUGCCCAAACCACUUGACCUCAACUUCUUCAAAUAUAACGCCUCAGUGGGGAGGUCACAGGCCUUCAUCAACCUUAGAGAGGUCAGCGCUAGAUUCAAAUUAGAGCCGGGAAGUUACGUAAUAGUGCCAUCCACGUUCGAGCCCGAUGAAGAAGGAGAAUUUCUCCUCCGUGUCUUCUCUGAGAAGUGCAAUAAUAUGGCUGAAAACGACGAAAAUGUUGGAAUGGGCGAAAUUGAUGAUAGAGUGAAGGACGUAUUACCGAAUCCGGAGCCGGCGGAUCCGGUCCGGGAUUUCUUCAACCGGCUGGCCGGCUCCGACGGCGAGGUGGACUGGCGGGAGCUGAAGGAGAUCUUGGAUUACGCCAUGAGGGAGGAGCUGGCAAUGCGUCAGGGCGGCGUGUACCACGGCGGGGGCUACGACGGAGGGGGUGGGGGUGGGGGGCCCCCACCGCAGGAACAGAGCUGCCUGGAGCAGUUGCUAUGCGCGCUGUGUUCACCGAUAUGCAAGGAGAUAGGAAUAGAUCUGCAACAAGUUGCGCAACAAGGCUCCGAGCAGGUUCAUUUGAAUCAGCCGCAACCUCAGGGGCAAGAGCUGAAAGGCCAAGGUUUCUCGGAAGACGUGUGCAGAAGCAUGAUCUCCAUGCUUGACAAAGACAACUCGGGCGGUUUGGGUUUUGACGAGUUCAAGACAUUGUGGAUAGAUCUGAGGCGGUGGAGGGAAGUGUUCCGCCUAUACGACACAGAAGGUCGUGGUGCUAUACCCGCGCACCAUCUCAGGGACGCGCUCCACUCGGCCGGGUACACCGUCAACGCUCACAUACUCAACGUUCUGGCGCACAGAUACGGCUCCCGCGACGGUUACAUACAAUUCGAUGACUUCAUCAUGUGUUCUGUGCGGCUAAAGUCGAUGAUAGAGAAGAAUGAGCCACUGGAAAACCUAGAGCGGGACAUGCAAUGGAACCAGUGAACGGCGGCGGCGGCACGUUGAUGAUGACUCAAAAAUCUUCGAAGCGCGAUCCUCGGGCGGCGGAUACGCCACGUUCUCGCUAGAAGAUUGGCUAAAUCGCACAGUUUACUAGAAUUAAAACGCCUAUUUGCCUUGUACUAUAAGAUUCGGGCUAACCAAAUAAUAUUAAUAACAAAUAAAUCUGUUUUUGAUUAAAAAAAAAUUGAUAUGAACAGAAAAUAUGCGUACUGAAUUCAUCGAAAUAUAAAAAAAAUAUAUAAUGUAUGUUCAAAACACGUCCAAUAGUUAAUACGCUAGAAGUUGAAUAAUUGUAAUAUUCAUUGGCCUUACCUGAGGCCAAAGCUAAUAAAAAAAUAGUCUUCUGAUUCAAUUAUUUGAAAUAACCAUGAAUUUUAUACAAAUAUGGUAAGAUAAAGAUUGAGAUUAUAUAAUUUGUAAGUCACAAUGUAAGAAUUUUUAAAUUUAUGUCAUUAAUAAUAUUAAUUCCAAAUACGGGUAUUUAAUUAUUUUGUAAUCGAUGUAUUAAUUCAAAAUUCAACGGCAUUUACUUCGUAACAUAUUAAAAUGAAUGUAAAAUUUUCAUCUAAAAACAUUUUUAAUUAAUAAUUUUAAAUGUUGUCACAAAAUUUUUAAAACCUAUUUAAACUUUUUUCUUACUUUGUCAUAUGGAACUCCGUUUGUAAGGUUUUAAAUCGUCUUUUUUAAUGUAAUGUUAUAUUUACUUCCACUUUUAACAGUAUUUCAAUCCACCGAUUUCUCAUUCCAAUAUGAUUUUUAUUUUCCAUAAAUCAUUGAACAAUAAAUGUUCAAAUAAUCGCAAUAGUUGAGCAAAUUAUCAAUGAUCAACAGUAUAUAUGAUCAAAUGUUAAAACAUACAAAAAUGAUCAUUAUCACUUUUUUUUUAACAAAUCAAUGUUCAAUCAAAGUACAAUAAUGUCAAAUGAUCAUACAGUUAUAUACAUCCGAUCAUAAAUGUUCAUCAAUUGUGAAAUUUGAACAACAGCUUUAAAAUUUUAUAACCUUUUUUACCACCAAGGUAACGGCCUAGGUUUCCCACCAGUUUUAUUUAGUUACUGUGCGAAUUUAGUUAUAAUUUAUUCAGCUUAUUUAUCUGUAUAAUCUCUGAAAAAAAUCUCUUAUUUUUUUUUAUUUAUCUACGGUAAGAGUACGACGCAUUUUUUUGCAUUGACGUCACAUUAAUUUUAUUUUGCAAUCUAUGACAAAUGUAAUAUCGGUUUUUGAAAUAAAUUUUAUUUUAUUUGUAA